AUGUUCAGGCAUGCGCUGCAGGCUGUUGCAUCUAUCCGUGAGGAGAAUAUUGCUGCCAAAGUGGACUGCUUGAAGAACACAUUCAAGUGGUCGGAUGCUGAGUUGGCCAUUGCUGUUUCUAAAGCUCCACAGGUGCUGCCGAGGUCCAAGGAAUCGCUUCAGUGCAGGUCUGAGUUCCUGAUCUCUGAGCUGGGGUUGGAACCGGCAUACCUGGCUCAUUGCCCGGCGUUGCUCAGUUAUAGAGUGGAGGGCCGGAUGAGACCUCGGUACCACGUUGUAAAGUUUCUCAAGGAAAAUGGGCUGCUCAAGCGCAACCCAGGCUACUAUAUUGUUUUCAAGAUUACCGACAAGAUUUUCAUGGAGAGGUUCAUAUGCCCUCACACGGAAGCUGCACCGUACCUUGCUGAAGACUAUGCCGCCGCUUGCAGAGAGGAAAUGCCCGCUAGAUUCAUAUUUACAUGA